CUCCUUUUGGUUAUAAUUCACACUCCACUCAUCACACCAUUUCCCCAGAAAUUUUGCAUCUCUCUUUCUCUCUCUUCUCUCUCUCUCUCUCCCAAACCCCACAAAGAAAUCACACAAGAAAAAUUGCUCCGGAAAAAAGAAAAGUUGAGUUGAAUGAAAAAGGCAAUGAGAUUAUGAGAACAGAAGAAUACUUUUCAAUGCAUUAUUCCUUGCUCCUACUUUUCUUGUUACUCCUGCAGUCCCAUGGGUCUCUCGCCGGUUUGCUUUCCGAGCCAGCCCAGCCCCUAAAACCUCCCGAUUACAACACCGUCCCCGCCUUCCCGGUCCAGACGGAGGCCCAGACGUGCCGUCUCGACUUGUCCGCGGAGCUUUUCGGCGGCGUCAACGCCGCGUGCGGCCGCAAACUCGACUGUGUGAACUCGCUCCAGACCUCGUUGACGAGCCGCAACAUACAUAUUCCCCAGCCGAACGCGUCAUGCGACGCCGUUUUGUGCUUCUGCGGCAUUCGUCUCCACCAGAUUACAUCCCUCAGCUGCCCGGCAGCCUUUACCAUCACGGGGAACUACAGAAACGCGACGCCGACCGCCGCCGUCAGGAACUUGGAGCAUAACUGUAAGAAUUCUUCUUACGCUGGUUGCACCAAGUGCCUUGGGGCUCUGCAAAAGCUGAAAGUGGAGGGCAAAAACGGAACAAAAGAAAAGGACGAUGAGGGCCUGAGCGACCGGGCAAGCAAGAUGCUGAGCAGGGACUGCCAGCUGAUGGGGCUGACGUGGCUUCUGGCCCGCAACAAGACGGCGUACAUACCCACAGUCUCCGCUGUGCUGCGCGCCAUCAUGUACAGUGCGCACCCACCCCACGAGUCCACGUGCUCCCCGGACCAGGAGAACAUGCCCCUCGCCGUUGAUUCCCUACAGUUCGAAAAAUACGAUCCCUCCUCUGCUAGCAACAUUAUUCCACUUUUGCCCCUACUCAUUCUCGGUUUUCUUUUUGCCUAGGGCCCUUUGAGAUUAGCUGGGGUUUUGUCCUUACAUCACCUGUUGCUUACCCCCCUCUGUUUUUGUGAAGUGAUUUGUGAGUUUUGGUGGGGAGGGUGGGGGCCUCUUAGGCUUCACGUGAAGCUAGUCGACAAAAUGGGAGACUGGACCGGGGUCAUUUUUGUCAUUUUCUCCCGCUGUAAAUUUCAGACGUUCGGUUCACUUCGACAUGUUAGUAGUACGAGAAAAUCUUCGACUAUGCAUGUUUUCAUUUUACCA